AUGCCGGAAGUGGAAAACUUUACCAUUACGUCCCACGUCGGUCAAGAGAUCGUUGUUCUCCUACAUCUUGGCUUGCAGCACAGACAUCUGCACGACCUCUGGAAAGACCCUUUCACUGCGCUAUUACGGACUACUGUUCUUGGUGCCGAACAAGCGCUCUCUACCCCUUCUAUGUCGCAGUCUUCAUCUUAA